GCAGGCGACCGAGGAACCCCACGGGAGCAGGGCGGACCGGAGCAUCAUGGCACACCCCAUCUCAGCCUUCCAGGCUGCCUACAUCUCCAUCGAAGUGCUCAUCGCUUUGGUGUCCGUGCCGGGCAAUAUCCUGGUCAUCUGGGCUGUGAAGAUGAACCAGGCACUGCGGGAUGCCACCUUCUGCUUCAUCGUUUCACUGGCGGUGGCCGACGUGGCCGUGGGGGCUCUGGUCAUCCCCCUGGCCAUCAUCAUCAACAUCGGACCCCAGACGGAGUUUUACACCUGCCUCAUGGUGGCCUGUCCCGUCCUCAUCCUCACGGAGAGCUCCAUCCUGGCGCUCCUGGCCAUUGCCGUGGACCGGUACCUGCGGGUGAAGAUCCCCGUCAGGUACAAGAGUGUGGUGACACCGCGGCGGGCAGCUGUGGCCAUCGCCUGCUGUUGGAUAGUCUCUUUUCUGGUGGGACUUACCCCCAUGUUUGGCUGGAACAACCUCAACAAGAUGCAGAGGACUCAGGAGCUGAAUGGCAGCCGCACAGAGUUUGUCAUCACGUGCCAGUUUGAGACAGUCAUCAGCAUGGAGUACAUGGUGUACUUCAACUUCUUCGUCUGGGUCCUGCCUCCCCUGCUGCUGAUGUUGCUCAUCUACCUGGAGGUCUUCAACCUCAUCCGCAAGCAGCUCAACAAGAAGGUGUCCUCCAGCUCCAACGACCCCCAGAAGUACUACGGGAAGGAGCUGAAGAUCGCCAAGUCCUUGGCGCUGGUUCUCUUCCUGUUUGCGCUCAGCUGGCUGCCUCUGCACGUCCUCAACUGCAUCACCCUGUUCUGCCCGUCCUGCCAGACCCCGCACAUCCUCACCUACAUCGCCAUCUUCCUCACCCACGGCAACUCGGCCAUGAACCCCAUCGUCUACGCCUUCCGCAUCAAGAAGUUCCGGACAGCCUUCCUGCAGAUCUGGAACCAGUACUUCUGCUGCAAAACCAACAAAAACGCCACCAGCACCACCAUGGCUGAGACAGGCAACUAGGAACUGGGAGAGGGCAGAGGGGGGACCUCUGUGCCCACCCAAUCCUCACCCGGACGUUGUUCCUGCUGUCUCAGGAGGAGGCAGCAAGGACCCAAUGGGUUCUGAGUUCAGCAGCUCCCUGCAGUCCCCACAGCCAUCCCGGGGGGUUAUUUAUUCAAAAGCAUUGUACUGUUUGGAUAUCGUAGCCUGCAGUGUUCCUUUCUGGUUUAGGAAUUUUUCUCCCUGUUUGUUUUUGUUUUUCAUUUUUUUAAGCAUUGCCAAGUAUUUAAGGAAAAAUUGUACAGACAAACGCGCAGUUUAUCUUCAUGCAAAUAAAGCCUAGUGAUCCAAACCA